AUGUUCACUUCUAAGCCUGCCUUCAGAAUCAAGAACAAGACCUCUAAAUCACAUAGAAAAACCGGCAUACCAAAAAAAGUGGAAGGUAAGCGUAUAGCAAAACUGAUAAAUCCAAGUUGUUUUAAUAUUAUUCGUCCACUAAAGAAAAACAUUCAAAUUCCAGCUCCUUCACCUUUAUUUUUAAAGAAAAUCCAACUAUAUAGAAUAGCGUCCGGAAAUCAAAAUAUACAAUGCCGACAGUCUAGAAAAGCAUCAUUAACAUCAUCUAAGAAGUAUCUAAAUUCUUUCAUGGCAUUCAGAGCUUACUAUUCUCAGUUUGGCGCCGGUGUUAAGCAGAACAUCUUGUCUUCUUUACUUUCUGAGGAAUGGCACGCGGACAAAAUGCAGCACGGAAUAUGGGACUACUUCGCGCAACAGUAUAAUUUUAUAAACCCUGGUUUUGGUUUUGUAGAGUGGUUGACGAAUAAUUAUGCUGAAGUACGUGGUGACGGAUAUUGGGAAGAUGUGUUUGUACAUUUGGCCUUAUAG